AUGUUCGCAGCACCAAUCCUCAGAAACGCAGCCUCAUCCUCGUCAUCUACUGCGACGGCCCCUGCGUUCUCGCAAGCCCACAAGUCGUACGUCAAGUCGCUCUACCGACGAUACCUCAAUAACUCGCUCGAUUGGUGCAUUCGCCGAGACGUCUGGAGAGACCGCGCUAUCGAGAUCCGUGUAGAGUUCGAGCGCCAUCGCAACGUUCGCAACCCUCGUGAGCUUGCAAACCUGUUUGAGAAGGCCGAACGAGAGCUUAAGCGUAUUCAGCACCCUGAUCCUCACCGACCUGCAAUGUUCGAGGGCGGCACAAAGUGGGAGCGCAACCUGCCGCCUCCCAUGUUCUCCGAAGCCGAGAAGAAAGCCGCUCUCCAGCAACAUCACUGA